AGUCCCUCUCUUGACCAUCAACUACGCCCACUACCACCUCCUCCAUUUCAAAAAGCUCCUCUUUUUCUCUUCUCCUCCCCCCCCAACCACCUCUCUCUCUCUCUCUCUCUCUCUCUCUCUCUCUCUCUCUCCCAUGGCGCCGCCUCCUCUUCUCCCCAUCGUCUCCUCCCUCGUCGUCGUCGUCCUCCUCCUCCUCUUCGCGCCCUCUCCGACCACCUCCACCAACUCCGAAGGGGAAGCUCUCCACGCGCUCCGAACUCGCCUCUCCGACCCCACCAACGUGCUCCAGAGCUGGGACCCGACCCUCGUCAACCCCUGCACCUGGUUCCACGUCACCUGCAACGAUCGCAACCGCGUCAUACGCUUGGAUUUGGGGAAUUCCAACAUCUCCGGCACCCUCGGCCCCGAGCUCGGUCGCCUCGAACACCUCCAAUACCUGGAGCUCUAUAGGAACAACUUUGAAGGGAAAAUCCCCGAGGAAUUGGGGAAUUUGAAGAACCUAAUUAGCAUGGAUCUUUACGGGAAUCGGCUUCAAGGGGAGAUUCCAAAGUCGUUUGCUAAAUUGAAGUCCCUGAGAUUUCUGCGCUUGAACAACAAUAAGCUUACGGGAUCGAUUCCGCGAGAGCUAGCCUCCCUCUCUAACCUGAAAGUCCUCGAUUUGUCGAACAAUGAUCUUUGUGGAACCAUUCCUACUGAUGGCCCGUUUUCGACUUUCACCCUUCAGAGCUUUGAGAACAACAGCAGACUCAACGGACCGGAACUCCAAGGCUUGGUGCCGUACGACUUUGGGUGUUGAAAUCGCGUAUUUGUAGUAACAUAAAUGAAUUAUCUAAAACCAAUAGCAAUCGACAAAAUUGCAUAGACUUAAAGGUUGUAGCAUAUUGGUAAGUGGUAACUGAGGCAUAGCCUUAUCUAAAGGUGUCUUACAUAGCAAAACUAUUUGAGGAUAAUGUAAAGUAUACGACCAUCACAUAUAUUGAUGAGAUUAUAUUAUAUAUAUGGCAUACUACAAAUAUCAGUGCUUAAUUUUCAA